GUUAUUUUCAUGAAUUUUGGUAUUUUGGAUAAAUUUGACAAUUUUAUUAAGUUUUUGUGCAUUUGAUUUUGGAUUUUAAGUAAUCUUAGAAUGUAGUAAUUUCCUGAUUUUUGCUUCUGAUAAAAAAGAGUCAUAUUUAAGACACUUGCAGGGGAGAAAAUCUACUUUGUUGUGUUGGAAAUAAAAUUUGUCAUAUUUUAUAUUAGAGAUCAUAAAGGAUUUUCAGUGAUCAUAAAGGAUUUUCAGUGAUCAUAGGAUUUUCAGUAAAAGUAUAAUUUAAGUUAGUUUGAUUUUCAGUGAUGAAACUUAUGGAGAUUGAUUGGUCUGAGAUGUUUGUUCCUUGAUCUAUUUUGCAUGCUUUUUUCUAGAAGUUGAAUCCUUGUAAUUCACUGAUAAAAAAAAAAGAUUUUAUUUUUCAUGCAUGGUUGGAUUUAGGAUCAGUUAUAUUUGUGUAAACUACAGGGAUUGAAGAUAAGCAAUUUUAUUCUUAACCAGAAAUGUUAUGCAACUUGUUUAAGGUGAUUUUGUGACAUAGAAUUGGAGUGUCUUGUGCCAUUGAAAGUCUAAGAAUUCAUAUGCUUUAUUUUUCUAAUAAUUGGGGUAUAUUUUGCUGUGAUUUUUAAUUUUGUUGAUGGGACAAAAUUAAUUUUAAUGAAAUUUUUUGGUUAUAUGGAGGGGAUUGAGUUUUGAUGAAUGGGGUUCAUAUUGUACUCCGUGAUCUGUUUUUAUUUGGGGGGCUAUUUUGCAUGGUUUGUGCUUAUGAAAUUUGUUUGUUUUCUAUUUGUGAUUUGAGGUGAUGAACCUGAAGGGGUUAUGCUUUUGAUUGGACUUUUGAGUUCUUUUUGAAGUGAUCAUAAGUUGGCAUUUAAUUUACUAGUGUUUUGAAGAAAAUGGGUUUCUGGACUUUGCUAGAAGGGUUUCUUCUCUUUGCAAAUGCAUUGGCAAUUUUGAACGAGGACCGGUUCCUUGCUCGAAGAGGAUGGACGUUGGCAGAAAUGACAGGACCUCAAAGGAAUUCUCUUAAAGGACAAAUUAUAGGACUCAUCUACGCUUGUCAAUUCUUGAGACUUCCCCUUAUUCUUUUCAAUAUUAUCACUAUUAUAAUUAAACUCUUCACUGGAUAGAUAACUUGAAUCGAGAGUGACAUUGAAUCUCUGUUGUGUUGUACAACAUGUAAAAGAUUUUAAAGUUUUAUGCUCCGGCAAUAGUUUACAAUCCUAUGAAAAUUCAACUGAGUAUAAUUAUAAUUUGCAGAAUUUAUCAGUUCAGUUGUAUCAGUAUUGAAAUUUUCUUGACUAUCAUGUACAAGUACUUUUGAACUAUUCACAAAUGUUUAAACUACAGCGCAGCCUUAUCGCGAUUGCUGAUAUUGCAAAAAA